CGCGGAGCCCCAUUCUUUCUUCGCCGCCGCCCAAAUCAUCAUGUUAUAACAUAAAGAGUCCCUGUGGAAGGAGGUGGCUUCUAGCUUCCUCAUCCGCGCCCACUUAGCCCGGGCUGACACAAGCUGUAGAAUGAAGUUGAUAGAAGGAUGGAUGGUACCACUUCCGGCUGCAGGUGGAUGGACUCUACCACUUUAGAAAGCGAAUGGGUGCUAUUCUUUGGAUUUGGAUGGCUGUUCUUCAUGCGCCGGCUCUUCAAAGAUUAUGAGGUGCGGCAGUACGUUGUGCAGGUUGUCUUCUCUGUCACGUUUGCAUUUUCCUGCACCAUGUUUGAACUUAUCAUUUUUGAGAUCCUAGGGGUCCUAAACAGCAGCUCUCGGUAUUUUCACUGGAAAUUGAACCUCUGUGUGAUUUUGCUUGUCCUGGUAUUCAUGGUGCCCUUUUACAUUGGUUACUUUGUUGUGAGCAACAUCCGAUUGUUGCACAGGCACAGACUUCUUUUUGCCUGUGUUGUCUGGCUAACAUUCAUGUAUUUCUUCUGGAAGUUGGGGGAUCCGUUUCCUAUCCUCAGUCCAAAACAUGGAAUCCUAUCCAUAGAGCAGCUUAUCAGUCGGGUGGGAGUGAUUGGGGUAACCCUCAUGGCUCUGCUUUCUGGCUUUGGUGCAGUCAAUUGCCCAUACACGUAUAUGUCUUAUUUUCUCAGGAAUGUGACAGAUGCAGAUAUUCUAGCUCUGGAGCGUCGUCUCCUCCAAACCAUGGACAUGAUCAUCAGCAAGAAGAAGAGGAUAGCAAUGGUUCACAGAAACAUGUUCCAGAGAGGGGAAGUGCACAACAAGCCCACUGGUUUCUGGGGAAUGAUAAAAAGUGUUGCAACAUCUUCAUCAGGCAGUGAAAAUCUGGCACUUAUCCAGCAGGAAGUAGAUGCUUUGGAGGAGCUGAGUCGGCAGCUUUUCUUGGAAACCUCUGACCUGCAUGCUACCAAGGAAAGAAUAGAAUACUCUAAAACCUUCCAAGGGAAAUACUUCAACUUUCUGGGCUACUUUUUCUCAAUCUACUGUGUCUGGAAAAUUUUUAUGGCAACAAUAAAUAUUGUCUUUGACCGAGUUGGGAAGACUGAUCCAGUUACACGAGGAAUUGAGAUAACCGUGAACUAUUUGGGGAUCCAAUUUGAUGUCAUCGUACAGGGCGACCAAGGCUGUCUCAGUGCCAAAACCGGGCCUAAAACCCGAUUGAAAUGGAUCUAGAUAAUCAGUUUCAUCCAAUAGCGCCUGGAGCUGGCCAGCAACCACCCGUUCCAAGACCCUGCCCAGGAAUGGAACAUUCGCCACUGGCCUGUAGCUGUUAAAAUUGUCUGGGUCCAAGGAAGGCUUUUUCAGGAGUGGUCUCACCACUGCCUCUUUCAGACAGCCCGGGACCACUCCCUCUCGUAAAGAGGCAUUUAUCACUUCCUUGGCCCAGCUACCUGUUCCAUUCCUGCUAGUUUUUAUCAGCCAGGAGGGGCAAGGAUCCAGUACCGAAGUGGUUGCACGUACCUGUCCAAACACCUUGUCCAUGUCCUCGAGUUGAACCAACUGAAGCUCAUCCAACAAAACAGGACAAGACUGUGCUCCGGACACCUCACUAGGAUCUACUGCUAUAACUUGAGAGUCUAGGUCCCGGCGGAUACAUGAGAUCUUAUUCUGGAAGUGAUCGGCAAACUGAUUACAGCGGGCCUCCGAUGAUUCCACCGUGUCCGGAGGGUUUGAAUGGAGAAGCCCCCGGACAACUCGAAAGAGCUCCGCUGGGCGGCAAAGAGAUGAUUUAAUAGUGGCAGCAAAAUGAUGUUUUUUAGCUGCCUUCACUGCUCCUACAUAGAGCUUAGUCGAAGCACUAACCAGCGCAUAAUUGUAUCCGUCGGGAGUUCGUCUCCAUUUCCGCUCAGGCCUCCUCCUAUCUUGCUUCAUCGCUCUCAGCUCCGGAGUAUACCAUGGAGCUGUAUGAGCUCUACACAGGAGAGGGCGUGCAGGAGCGAUCGUGUUUACAGCCCGGGUCAUCUCCGUAUUCCACAGAGCGACCAGGGCUUCAGCAGGAGCGCCAGUCCUAUCAGCCGGAAAAUCCCCCAGAGCCCUUUGAAAACCUUCAGGAU